GGUCGCGUAAUUCUUCUGACGUUCGUGUACUCGUCUACAUCGGUAAAUAAUUGUGGUAAAAAUGGCGUGCGCCGUGGGUUGGCGGUGGUGGAGUUCAUUGUAAAUAUCUUCUGCACUUUUAUGAUAGGUACAGGUUCAGCCAAACCAGUGCAUUCAGGCUCCAGCACACUCCUUACAGCUGUUGUCAUAUUCGUUAUGCUGGUAAUUAAUAAUUACGAUGGAUUAUGGCCUGUGGAACUUACAUGGGGGUUUUUGGGCAAGCAAUAACCCAUGCAGUGGGGACAGUGUGAGCAGACCGCUUUACACCACAGUCAGUGCUGGAAGCAGUGGUCCUUUUCAUGCCUGUACAGAUGGUUUAUCGUUUCCAACUGCUGCUUCCUCUCCACCAUGUCGUUCUUCAUACCGAAGUCAGCCUGAGUAUGUGGCUAUGAAACCAUCCAUUGCAGUGUCUGGUGGUCCUUCUGGUGUCUCUGAAAUCAGUGGGGGCCCCUCAGGAGAGAGGACAGAGCAGGUUUCUUGCAAACCAGUUGUUAUGUCUGUACAAAAUGAUGCAGUGGUGGAACAUAGUAGUGUUGAGAGUGUGAAUUCUUUGCAUGCCCAGUCAGGCCUCAGUGACACAUCUCCACUAACUCUAAAUCCAGGAACCACCCCAGUUUCAAGGCCAGAAGGCACUUCUAUGCAGCACACUCAUAAAAAGUUGAAGUCCCCUAAACAUCAGAAGAAGAAUUUUGCUGCUAUUGGCAGAAGUGAUAAUUUUGACAGCAUGUGGAAUCGCAACGUGAAGACUGAGAGUACUUUGCAGUAUCUCAACCAACAGUAUAAUCCCAUGUACAGUAUGAUGCUUGGUAGACUGACUAAUAAAACUCUUGAAGCAGCAUCAGAUGUGUCUGAUGAUGAUGAUGAUGAGGAUGAUGAAGAAGAAGAUGAAGAAGAAGAGGAGGAGGAGGAAGAGGAUGAAGAGGAGGAAGAUAAUGACAAUGGUGUUGGAGAAGGUGAUAGGUACAGUAACCAGUCCUCAUUAGCUAACAGAUCGCCACAUAGAAUUUGUAGCAGUGGAGGUAGGUCAGGAUAUGAGUGUGGAGAAUGUGGUCUUGUGGCUGACACUAGGCCAAGCUUGAAAAAGCAUAUAGCAAUUUGCCAUCCUGCUCCUGGGCCAGAUCCCAGCCUUGCUCAUGCACUCUUGAGCAAGAUAUCUGCAUCGUGUCCAAUGGCUUCAUGUCGGUUUCAUACAUCAGAAAGGGAUGAACUGGAAGCUCAUGUAGCAAGGCAUGUUGCUGAAGGAUACAGUCCCACAGGAAAGAAGCGUGCCGGUCCAGUGUCUCUACAGAGGGUCAGGUAUGAGAGAGAAGAAUAUCGCUGCCAAAUGUGUGCAUACACAUGUACCAUAGAGAAGGCAUUUUAUAAACACCUGAAAUUACAUUCAUUGGGACUCAACGUGUCAUCUGUUAAAAUUUCUUGUGUUAUUUGUGGCAAGGAUAGGCCUACAGAAGUGGACAUGAAUAAGCAUAUGAGGCGCCAUCGAGAUAACAGAUACUUCUGCUGUGACAUAUGCAUUUUUAGGACAGUGCAGCUGAAAAAGCUGAUACAGCAUAGGCGAAUGCACACUGGAGAGAAACCACAUUUGUGUCCUCACUGUGCGUACCGGUCUGCUCGUCGAGACAAUCUUCGUUCUCAUGUCCGUCGUGUACAUAAGAAAGAGAAUUUGUAUUGUGAUACAUUUUCUCCGAGAGGACUGAUCCUUACAGCCACUGCUACAACACAGCAGCAAGAGCAACUAGAACCAGCCAGCCCAAACCCUAGCCAAAACUGAGAUACUGUAGUCACUGAAUGUGAUUUAUAGACAAUGUUUCAUGUUAAUAUU